CGAUAAUAAUUAUUAUUAUUUAUGAGACAUUUUAUUUAAAAUAAAUCCAGUAGCAGUUAAAAAUUUGAAGUAUAAAAUUAUCAGCAGUGAGACAUUGAAGUCGUUAUCGCAGAGUCAGUAAUUUUUCCGACUGCUUGAUCCCUGAUGAUUUUAUCUAAGUAAUAAACACAAUAACUCUGUACAGUUCAUAAUUAAUACUAGUGCGUUAUGUUCUGUCGUAGAUUAUAAUUUGUUGCUUGUAAUUAUACUCGUAAUUAAUAAGCUUUAAAAUGGAUUAUUACGUCGGAGUUGAUGUUGGAACAGGAAGUGCUAGAGCUGCGUUGUUUGACUGCGAUGGAAAGCUUAUUAAAUUAGCAACGUGUCCUAUUGAAACUUUUAACAGCAUCCCGGAUUUUUAUGAACAGUCUUCUGAAGAUAUCUGGCAAGCUGUUAGACGAGUCGUUAAAACUGUUGUACAUGACACCCCGAGAGAGCUGAUAAAAGGAAUAGGAUUUGACGCCACAUGUUCGUUGGUUCUUUGUGACGAGAAUGGACAUCCGGUUACUGCUAGUUUGAAUGGCGACGACAAUCGAAAUGUCAUUCUUUGGCUGGACCAUCGCGCUGAAGCAGAAGCCAACUUCAUAAAUAUGAUGGGCCAUGAAAUGCUUAAGUACGUUGGGGGAAAAAUAUCUCUAGAGAUGGAGAUCCCUAAAAUCAUGUGGCUGAAGAAAAACCUCCCAGAAUCAUGGAAAAGAGCUAAAUUGCUUUUAGAUUUGCCGGAUUUUCUGACAUGGAAAGCGACUGGCUGCGAGAGCAGAUCAUUGUGUUCACUUGUGUGUAAAUGGAAUUACAACGCGAAUCCCAAGGGAGAGAAUGGCUGGUGCAAAGAUUUUUUUAAUAAACUUGGAUUGUCUUCUUUGAAAGAUGACAACUGGAGGCGGAUCGGAAGUAAAGUCCAGGCGCCUGGAGAACCAGUGGGCAAAGGAUUAUCUUUCACAGCAGCUGCAGAGCUGGGAUUAAAUGAAGGUACUCCGGUGGGAACUUCAAUCAUUGAUGCACAUGCAGGUGGCCUUGGUAUGAUCGGUUGCUCAGCUUCGGGAGUGUCUGAAAAUUUUACCAGCAGACUGGGUCUCAUUUGCGGGACUUCGACUUGUCAUAUGGCAGUCAGUGAAAAAGCUGUUUUUGUUGGAGGUGUUUGGGGUCCUUAUUACAGCGCGAUGGUACCCUCGCUGUGGCUGAAUGAAGGAGGCCAAAGUGCUACCGGAAAACUACUUGAUCAUAUCAUUGAAUCUCAUGCAGCUGCUGCAGAAAUACGGGCUAAAAUUUAUGGGAAAAUGCAUGUCCAGCAAUAUCUUUCGGAUCUUCUGAAAUCGAUGGCGGAGCGCAGUAACUAUCCAGACAUUUCCUUCCUCACUAAAGAUCUUCACGUCUGGCCAGAUUUCCAUGGGAACCGAUCACCGCUCGCUGAUCCAACUCUGCAGGGAAUGAUUACCGGGUUGUCUUUGUCGUCUAAUGAAGAAGAUCUCGCGCUCCUUUAUCUUGCGACCAUGCAGGCACUGACAUACGGGACUAAACAUAUCUUAGAAGCUCUGACCCAAGCAGGCCACAAAAUAGAAACAAUUUUAAUAUGCGGUGGUCUCAGCCAGAACCCAUUGUUCGUUCAAACUCAAGCUGACGUCAUCGGUCUCCCGAUUCUUAUUCCAAAGGAACGAGAAUCUGUUCUUCUAGGCGCUGCUAUUCUGGGAUCGUGCGCUGCUAAGGCAUUUCCAUCUGUCAACAAAGCGAUCAGAGCCAUGGCAGGACCUGCUAGUGUUGUAAAACCUAAAGUCGUUUCUUAUCAGUAUCACUGUCGAAAGUACAAAGUUUAUAAAAAAAUGGUGGACGAUCAACGCGAGUACAGAAAAAUAAUGCACGAGACAAUAUAAAUUUAUCUGGUACUUUUUUAUACAUAAACAAUUUUUUUAAGGC